UCACACAGGACGGCACGAGACACAAACAAAAGCGCGAGACCUGUUUUUUUAAACGAGUGUCGCAGGAAAACAGGACAUUACCGGACAGCUGAAAGGACCGCUGCGGCUCUAAACGCCUGCCGCUUUAUGUUUGGAUUUUCACCGCUUUUUACCCGCGGACAGAGGAAAAAACAACAAGCAUAAUUCCAGUGGAUGGUUUUAUCCGCAGUGCCUCAGCCGACCAGCCAACCGGGGAGCAGAAUGUCAAGACAGCAGCAGCACAGGACGCCGUUAAAACUCACCGACAGCGUAGUGGAGGUCAAGAGCAAAUUUGAGGCAGAAUACCGUCGCUUCGCUCUGAAGAGGAAUGGCCCAGGUGGCUUUCAGGACUUCUACCGCCUCCUCCAAACCAUCCAUCGUAUCCCCGGUGUCGAUGUGCUGCUGGGAUACGCCGAUGUCCAUGGAGACCUCCUUCCAAUCAACAAUGACGACAACUUCCACAAAGCAGUCUCGUCAGCCAAUCCUCUGUUGCGCAUUAUCAUAACCAAGAAAGAGGAUGAACCUGUCAUUUUUGCCACCAACUCCCUCCAGAGGCGUAAAAAGGGUCUGGGCUUAACCGGACUGCGCACCACUGGCUCAGGCUCCACCCACUCGAGGAACAAACCGGGCCUUAUGAUUGGCCUGCCACAGAACUUCAGACAGAUCUCAUCCAUUAUCGACGUGGACAUCCUACCUGAGACACACCGACGUGUACGACUCCACAAGCACGGUACCCACAAACCACUGGGCUUCUACAUCCGUGAUGGGGUGAGCGUGCGGGUGACACCACAGGGUGUGGAAAAGGUUCCAGGGGUGUUCAUAUCUCGUCUGGUACGUGGUGGGCUGGCAGAAAGCACAGGGCUGCUGGGAGUUAAUGACGAGAUCCUCGAGGUUAACGGCAUCGAUGUAGCAGGGAAAUCUUUGGAUCAGGUGACAGACAUGAUGGUGGCCAACAGUCACAACCUCAUUGUGACUGUCAAGCCAGCUAACCAGAGGAACAACGUGGUGCAUCGUGGGAGUAAAACCUCAAUGGGCAACUCUGGUUCCGUGGGCUCAGCUGGAUCUACCGGCUCGGCACCAUCACAUGACUCACCAAGCCCUGCCUCUCAGAGCAACCCCAUUACCGCAAGCAACAGCAUUGCAGAGGGCGACAGUGACGAUGAAGACGAUGAUGGGGACCUCAUUCUGGAGAACGACUGCCUGACGCCCUUUGACUCCCAACGGGUGACCAACAGCAACAACACUAACCUCAACAGAGACUCACCAAGCAACAGGCCGCACAACUCCACUGUGGUUAGGCCCCUCCCACAGAGCGUCUCGUUGCCCAAUAGCGUCGGAGCAACUCUGAGUGACACCUCUGUGACGAUGUCAAAUCACAACGGAAACCCUGCCCACACAUCUAGUAGCAGUCAAGAGAGCAUGAGAGAGGACGGUAACAUAAUAACACUGUAACCAAGACAACACUACACUGUAACAGUGAGGACUACAGAAUGUUACAACCAAGAGUGCUGUAACCAUGACAACUACAGAUGGCUGUGCUCUUUUGAAGGAUCUUCCUGUUGAUUCACUGAUAGUUUUUCUUUUUAAAGUGGACGGACCGCAGAGAUACAGGACGCAGGGGCCGGCUAGAUUCCUCCUCCCUGGAUCACGAGUUUCACAAUUUACAGGCAUAACAUCACUGACUCUUUAUAUGUCUGCUACAUCUGGCUGAGGUAACUUAUAGAGCUGAACAGUCAGGUUCUGUACACAUAAAAAAUAUUUAUAUUCACCCGAAGGAAAUGAUUUGAAUGCCAUAAUGUAUUAACUGAUCAGUGUGGGCUUAAAGAGAUUAUUCACAGGAUUGAGAAAUAAUUGCAAAAUGCUCCCGUAAAAGCCAUACGCCAGUUUGAUAAACAUAUUUAAGAAACUCAUCUCCAUCUGAAAUUGCUUUUGCCAUAGUACAAAACCUGCAGUUGCAUCAAUCAGAAACAUCACUAUAAAGAGAAGCUGACUACAACAAGACCAUGAAACAACAAUAUCAUGUAAAAAACUGAGGGCUCUAUGUUCUUGGCAGCACAACAACCAGAAAAAGCUGAGUAUUUUGGUGUCCAGCACAGAGUGCAUAGGUGGGAGAUUCAUUCAAAUGAGGCAGCACAAAGUGAAUUGUUGGUAUUUUGAUGGAAAACAGUUUCUCCUUCAGUUCCUGAAAUCCCUGUAACCAUCUGGCAGCAGGGGCCAGAUGUAUAAACAAUGCACAUGCACAAAACCCACACUGUGAGUUUAUUUAACUCAAAAAAAUGUUGAAACUUAUUCCAUCAACAAUUUAAGGUACAACUAACUCACUUUCAUAAGUUAAAUCAACAUCCUUGAUCAAGUAGCUUUAGUGAUAUUGUUGUAUAUAAUAUAAUAUUGUAGUGGUAUUGAUUUAAAAUAUCCAGUGAAAAGUCAGAAAUCAGAAAUGUUUCUGUAACUUACAAAACUAAAUUGGUAACA